AUGGCCCUGGGGGCAAUGUUGGCACAAAAAGUAGAGAAUCUGGAGAGAGCCAUCUAUUACAUCAGUAAGAAACUCCUUGCUUAUGAGGAGAAUUAUUCACUAAUAGAAAGAACACAUGCAUUUGUAGUAUGGGCAACUAAGAAGUUAAGGCACUACUUUCAGACUCAUCGAGUUAUUGUAGUAUCCCGGAUGGAUCCUUUAAAGUACCUAUUUGAAGUACCGAUGCUAGUUGGAAAAUUGGCCAAAUGGUUGGUCCUACUGUCUGAAUUUGAUAUUGUGUAUGAGACUCGAAAAACCAUUAAAGGGCAUGUAGUGGCUGAAUUUCUUUCUAAAAAUCCAGUUAAUGAAGGGGAAGAAGUCGAAACAGCCUUCCCGGAUGAGAGUCUCAAGCUAGUAGAGGUCCAGCCAUGGAAAAUGUACUUUGAUGGGGCCAUGAAUAAGAGCGGAGCCGGUAUAGGGGUAGUUUUGGAAGCACCGAAUGGAGAACAAUUGUUAAUGUCAAAAAGGCUAUGUUUCCCAACCACUAACAAUAUUGCAGAAUAUGAGGCUUGCAUUUGUGGCCUGGAGGCAUUAAUAGCUAUUGGGGCAAAAAAAGUGGAGGUAUUCGGAGAUUCAAUGCUAGUGGUUUCCCAUGUUAAAGGUGAAUGGAAAUUGAAAGAAGAAAAGUUGAGGCCAUACCUGGAGUAUGCUAAGAAACUAUUAUUUAGCUUUGAGGAAGUGACAAUGAAGCACAUGCCUAGAGCUCAGAACCAGAUAGCUGAUGCUCUAGCCACGUUGGCAUCCUUAUGGGAGAAGGGUGAUCAGAAGCUGACCCAGCCAGUUAUCUUGAUGAGGAGUAGAAUCCCAUGCUAUGAAGGGUUAAUAAUAGCACAUUUAGAUCUAGAAGAUGAGAUGAAAUGGUAUGAGGACAUAAGAAGAUAUUUAGAGGUAAGAGAGUACCCACAGUCAGCCAAUAGUAGGGAUAGAGCUACAAUUCGUAGAUUAGCCACUCAGUUCACUUUGGCUAGGGGGCAACUCUACAAAAGGUUCUUCGAAGGACUAUUGCUCUUGUGUGUGAAAAGCGAUGCGAGCGGAUAA